GGUAUGUAGUGCUCAUCGCCAACGACGGAGACCUGAAGAAUGCCGUGGGGGACGCUAAGCUGGUGGAGAAGGCGCUCCUGAACUGCGGCCUUUGCAAGAAAGAGCAGCUGUGGCCGAUCUAUGACCAACCAGGACGGGGGCUGUCUGCAAUUUGGAGCGACUUGUUCAGGUGCCCAAAGGUGGAUAUCUCUUCGUUUGGUACUCGGGCCAUGCCUUGGGUCAUGACGUGGAAGGCGCGGGAGGCUUCAAAGGGACGUUGAUUUGGAGGAGGCAGACAGCCUGGAUGAAAACAACGAGGUGGUUGACAAGGCCAGCUGCGUGUGGCUAGAAGACACCUUAUUUGGCAUUUUCGCCAGACACGAGCUUCGACUGUGGGCUGUCGUUGCAGCCUGCCGUGGGAGCAAAGCAGAGUUUGAAAGAGGGCGGAAGAAAGACGGUCACCACGGCAAGAUCGUGCUUGAGGAGCCCGAGUAUGCCAACAACUUGCAAUUGGUGUCUGAUCAGAAACGCACAAGAUUUGCUUUCUUGUACUCCAUGCCCUUCGGGCAAAACAUGUGGGACAAUUCUAUCUUUGCCAAGUGCUUUUGCUACAACUUGGAGCGCCUUGGACGGCCGCAGGACUUGGAAGCGCUCCAGAAGCUCGUGAAAGAUGAUUCGGAGUUGUUGUCCUUCGGAGAAGUCAGCCCCCCCGGAGAUUGUGGGCGAACCUCGGAGCAUCCGUAUCAAGAUCGAGCAAGAGCAGACUCAAGCACAGAUGCUUGAUUAUACGCCAGACAUGCUUGGUGCUGUGAGCGCCUUAAAGCUGGUGGCAAUUUAUUUGCACCAGCUGGCUGAUGGUGAGAUAUAUGACGAUGCGUCUUACGAAGAUGUCAGAUUGUUGGCUUGGGACAUCAUUCAGAGCUUGAAUGAGUGUGCUCCUGACUUUGGACGGUUGAAAGAUCAAAUUUGGCUGCUCAGCUGUCGUAGCCUGGAAGAAGUCAAGGACGUCUUGGUAAACCAUCAAGCUGCGUCCCCAAGCACAGGGGGAUAUCCCAGUCGCCCAUCAGACUGGAAGCCCAACGACGAGGACAGGAGCGACGAGGAGUAUGAGCUGAAUCAAGACCCUGGGGUGGUGCUGAAUCUGCCAGACGAUGUCGUCGCCGCCAUCAGCAACGCUUUGUCAAUGGCGCAGAGCAAAGAGGACGCUCUCUUGUCAGGAGCGCGAUCAUUUUCCGUUUGACACAGUCCUGGACAUGUUGCAGAUGCUGGGCGGCUACUUCACCAUCAAGAAGCUUAAGCAGGAUAAGUUGGAGGACAUUUCUGAGCAAACACAGCAGAAAUACUUCUUCAAAAGCUCAGGAGCAAUAGCACCGACUUUAGAAGAUGCUGAAGAAAUGGACGAGAUGCUGAGGGAGCAGUGUGAGAAGAUAUGCAUGGUACCCGAAGACCUGGAUGUGAUCCGGGAACAGAUCCGGACCUACGUGGGAAAGAGCAGCUUUUGGGUCAUCGUGGUGUCACCCAAGCCGCUGAAGGCACAAAGCCUCUUGCAGAUCCUCGAGGACUUCGUGAGGCGACGGAAGGGCUCCUGCUUCGGGUGGCUUUCGGCCGACGCGCCGCGCGAAGUGCCGCACUUUGCGGCGCCGGGCUUCGAGAAGUUGAUUGACCUGGUGGAAGGUUUAGGAGGAGCGGUGGAGGUGCCCAGCUUGGUGCCCUUGAAAGGGUCCUUCUUCAAGGAUUUGGCCAUGCAGCUGAUGAAGAAGCAGGGCGAGGCGACAGAAGGUUGGCAGCUGCGAGUGGUGAGCAACUAUAGAGACGUGGGCGAAGACCAGUGGUUGAACUCACAGCAGAAAGUGGACUUCCACGUCGUGAGAUGCUUUAACUGGGUGACGGCGCACUGGAAGAAACCAGAGCUACUGGAGCAUCUUCUUCGCUUCGCUGCUGCAGAGUCGACCGGGCCCGAAGGGCUGCGCGCGACCGAGUCGGUCGAGGAGUUGGUUCGGCCUCGGAGCCAAGUGCUAUGCACACUUGGCUGCCUGCUUCACGCGAUCCAAGAUGACCCAACACGGCUAGCACUGAGCAUCGACACCAUCAUACAGGUUUUGUGCAGCACUGCGGAGCCUGAAGACGUCUUGAAGAAGUUGGUGCUGGAGGUCUACAGGCUCGGCCGGUCGCGUUCUCCAGACUCCACGCCGCCAGUGCCUGCGCCCGCGCCCGCACGAGGGACGGGUCGCUGGUGCUGGAGCCACUCGAGCUUUGCAGUGCUGGGGCAACGGGUGGGGAUGAACCCGUUGCGCUGGAGCGUCAGGAUGACCGUGAAGGAGCUGGCAGAGGAUCUGGGGAACUAUUUGCUUAUGGAGCCGAGGGGUGUGACGAUUCUCUUUGAAGAGACGGAAGAGAGCUAUAGGGAUCAACUUGAAGCAGUCGGCAAGUUGCAGGACUUGAUCAGAAAGGAAUCGAACUCUGCUCUAUCAGCCGCUUCUCUUCCUACCCUGCAAGCGUUGGAAAGCCUCCUUUGCAAAGGAGCUGUACCACACCUGAUGAAGGCGCUUCAGGAUGGAGAUCAUGAUGUGCGCUCUUGUGCUGGAAAGGCUUUAGGCCAGAUGGGCUCUGCAGCUCUUGAAGCUCUGCCAGAGCUUCUGAACGCAUUAGUUAAAGAACAAGCCUACCACGGUGGUGAUGGCCGGUCCUAUGCCUCUGAGGCUUUGGGGAAGAUGGGCUUUGCAGCAGCUGAACCAGUCCUAAAGCUUCUGAAGGUUGACGAAUCUGAACGUGAAUCACGUAAACGAAAGGGCGAUGAUGGCUUUACGCGAGUAGUAUUUGGCGGAGACUGGCCUGUCCGAGUUCGUGUUGCAGACGCUUUAGGUCACAUGGGCCGUGCGCAGGUUGAAUUGUUGCCACCGCUGUUGGAGGCGCUUCAAGAAACGGAAUACGAUGACUUAGCCUUCUCCCGCCUUGUGGAGGUGGUGCGCAAGAUCGAGUUUUUCGAACAUGAGAUCGUACCGAAGUUGCUGAAUCUACUGGAUGACGCCAAAUUUCAUGUGUACGAAAGUGCCAGGGAUGCCUUGAGUGCGAUGGGCCCUGCAGCCUUUGAAGCUGUACCAAGGCUGCUGGAGAAAAUGCACAACAAUAACCCACAUGACCAACUUGCUGCUGAGGUGUGCUUGAGAGAAAUAGCUUCUUCAGCAAUUCAAGUUGUGCUACAGGUGCAAAGUGCAUUGAGCAAGCCUGAGGUCUUUGGGCAUAGUGUUGCAAAGGUCCUCAGUCACAUGAGCAAUUCAGGAGCUGAAGCUUUACUGCAGCUUCUUACUGCAUCCGACAGGGUCUUUUUUGGUCCUAUGAGAAGUUAUUUGCAACGCAUCUUGGGCUUGCAUCAACCUGAUCGAGCAGCAAAGAUUCUGAAGGUGUUUGAACACCAUGAACUUGAUGUCUUCGUGAAUACUGCUGCUGUUUUGAGCAAGUUGGGUCCUUUGCCAGCUCAGGUUGUCCCAAGGCUACUCCAGUCGCUAAAGGAGACGGACAGCGAGGUCCGUAGAAACGCGGCAAUAGCUUUGGAGGCGACAGAGCCGACAGAUGAGAUUGUGCAAGCACUGCUCAAGGCACUUGAAGAUGGAAACACUGGUGUUCGUAGCAAUGCCGUGAAGACCUUAGGCAAGAUGGGCCCUGCAGCAGCUGAAGCUGUGCCGAAGCUUCUCCAAGCACUACAUGACAAUGACAGUGCUGUUCGUUGUAGUGCCGCGAAGGCUUUGGCCAACAUGAAUGAUGUAGCUUCUGAAGCUGUGCCGGAUCUACUUCAGGCACUUGAAGAUGGCGACAGGGAAGUCCGGCGCAGUGCUGCGGAGUCUUUGGGCAAGAUGGACUUGGCAGUGGAAGCGCUGCCCCAGUUGCUGAAGGCACUUGAGAACGAGGAAGACGAAGUCCGUUCAUCCGUGGCACGGGCCCUGGGCAACAUGCGCUCGGCAGCGGCAGAAGCUGUGCCACAUGUGGUUAAGACCCUCAGAGAUGAGGCUUGUCCUGUGCGCUGCGCUGCAGCAGAGGCCUUGGGCAAUAUGUGCUCUGCGGAAGCAGUUCCAGAGCUGCUGAAAGUGCUUGAAGAGGCCAUUACAAGUGAAUCUACUUCAAUGCAGCGGAGCACUAUAUAUGCCUUGGACCGCUUGAAUGCCUUGCCGGCCUUGCCAUCUCAACCUCUAGCCAAGUUGCUUGCCACCAAAACUUCCUUUAGGGGGUUCAGAUCAGAAGAUGUGCCAUGGCUGGUCAAGGCUCUUGAACACCGAGGCACCACCUUGCGCAAGGAUGCUGCUGAGGCCUUUGGAAGCAUAAAACCUGCAACUAGCAAAGCUGUUCCCCACCUGUGCAAAGCACUUGGUGACCCCGAAGGUGAUGUACGUUGCAGUGCCGCCAAAUCGUUGGGGGAAAUGGGCCCCGUGGCCGCUGAAGCUGCACCGAAGUUGCUCGAGGCCUUGCAUGACUACCGUGUGGAUGUCUUUUCCGCUGCGCUAGGGGCCUUGCGCCAAAUCGGGUCCUUGCCGUCUCGCGCUGUGCCCAUGCUUUUGGAGGCUCUUGAUGCCCGACACCCUGCAGUGCGCUCUGGUGCCGUGCAAGCGUUGGUUCAGAUGGGUCCAGCUGAAGGAAUCCCACAGCUGCUCCAGGCACUGGAUGAUGAGGAUUUCAACGUCCGACAGGCCGCUGCAGAGGCCUUGAGUCAGAUGAGCUCCUCGACGCAGCUGCAGGAGGCACUGCAGAAGCCAGAGACCUUCGUGCAGAGGCGGGCUGCCGAUGAGCUAGCUGGUCUGGGAGGCCCAGUGGUUUCGCACCUGCUCAAAGCGCUGGAGGAUGAACAGAAUGCUGUUCGCCGCGGAGCGGCUGCAGAGUUGCUGGGCAAAAUGGGUGCCGCAGCAGCUGAAGUAGUGCCAAAACUUCUGAAGGCGCUGGAAGACCCAGACGUCGGUGUACGGAGUAGGGCUGCAACGGCCUUGGGGCAGAUUGGCCCUGCUGCAGCUGAAGCGGUGCCACACCUCCUGGAGGUACUGAGAGACACUGACAGGCUCGUGAGGAGCCAUGCUGCAUGGGCCUUGGGCCAGAUUGGACCGGCAGCCGCAGAGGCUGUGCCAGCGCUGCUGAGAACAUUGCCUGAAGAUCCAGAUCUUGUUGUACGGUGCAACGUUGCACGAGCCUUAGGACAGAUAGGCCCUGCGGCUGCUGAAGCUGUACCACAGCUUCUGAAGGCAUUAGAAGGCUCAGACGCAGACAUUGAACUUUGCAGACUUCGCAGCAGUGCUGCAGAGGCCUUGGGCCAGAUGGGCCCUGCGGCUGCCCAAGCUGUGCCUCAACUGAUCAAGUCGCUGGCAGAUGAAGCCGGUAUCUUACGAGCGACGGCAGCACAGGCUUUGGGUAACAUCGGCAGCUGCUUAGAGAAGCGCUAAUGUGUCUAUCGUGUGGAGCCGCCUUUGGCCCAAUGCCCACAGAUUGUUUUUGCUUUGAGCCAAAAUGGA